AUGACUGAAUCGUUUUCUAAAUUAUCUAUAAAUGAUACCAAUGAACGAGAUACGAAAGGAUCCCACAGGAAUAGUUUUAUUACGGCAAGUGAUGAAUUGAUGCAUACUCCAAAUUCUGAACGUCCCAUUUCUCCAGUUCAAAACAAAACUCCUACAACUAUCAACUCUAUAAACGUUAAAAGAACCUCCUCGACAUCUUCAAACUAUGAAAAUAUUAAUGCAAACUUACAUGCUCGUGUAAAAGCAUUCCAAGAACAACGUGCAUUAAAAAGAUCUACCAGUAUUGGUAGCAAUAAAAGUGAACAUGAUUCCAAUCAAAACAAUCAAAAUCAACAGGUGUCAUCACCAUCUUCAGUAUCAUCUGGUUCUUCAGUUUCACAACAAAGGAUACAAGAACAUGUACAAGUUCAAUUACAACAGCAAUCUCAAAUUCAACCGCAGUUACAGCCAGGAAAGAUUCAACAAAUAGUGAAUAAACCAUUGCCCCCUUUGCCACCAACAAGUAUCACCACUAAUAUAUCUUCAUUCUCAUCUUCAUCUUCAACAAGGGAAGAACAAACUAUGAUACAAAACAUGCAUUUACCAGCAACAAUAAAGAAAGAUACAAAUAAACAAGAAAUAUCAUAUAAAAAUAAUAAACAUACAAACCUAUCUGAUCAAAAUUUACCUUCAUCAUUAUCAAACUAUCAAGAUACACAAAAUUCUGUAGAAAAAACUUUGGAAAGCCUACGAAAUAAAAAGAUAUUCAUAGAAAAAAUACUUCGGACGGUUCAACAUGUAGAAUACCCAAACUCCAUAUCGCAAUUGAAUCCAACAAGAAGGGCACCAAGGAGACCCUUAUCGAUAGCACCAAUAACUGCUUCUACCACCAAUACUACCAGCACAUUGGGAAUAAGUACGAAUACAGCUAAUGUAACAAAAACUUCAACAGUACCAUCUUCAAUAAGUCAUCAUCAACUACCAACAAUAUCAUCAACUAAUACUCCAACGAUAGAACGUCCAAAGCAAAGUUUAAGUGCUCGACGUGGACUCAAAUUACCAUUAGGAGGAAUGUCUUUGAAAAUGUUAAAUAAAUUACCAUCACCGUCAGCACAACAAACUAAUAAUAAUCAACAAGAGGCAUUUGCCGCAUCACCAUCUAAUAAAAAUCAUUCCUCUAAUCUUAAUACAUCGAACAAUGGUAAAAGGUCCAAUCCGGGUUCUUUGAUAAAUGCUAUUCAAAGCACAGCCACAUCGUCAAGUAACAAUGAACAACAUGACACAGAGGGUACUAACCCAUCUUCAUCUGUGAAUAGUAACGGAAGUGGUAGUGGUAGUGGUAGCGGUGGUAUUUUUGCCAAUUUUUCUAAAUAUGUAGAUAUUAAAUCUGGUUCACUGAACUUCGCUGGUAAGUUAUCAUUAUCAUCUAAGGGAAUUUAUUUUAAUAAUGGUUCUAGUUCCAAAAUUACAUUGGAGGAAUUAGAAUUUUUGGAAGAAAUUGGUCACGGGAAUUAUGGGAACGUUUCAAAAGUUUUACAUAAACCAACCAAUAUUAUCAUGGCUAUGAAAGAGGUUAGAUUGGAAUUAGAUGAAGCUAAAUUUAGACAAAUCUUAAUGGAAUUGGAAGUUUUGCAUAAAUGCCAAUCUCCUUACGUGGUAGAUUUCUAUGGUGCAUUCUUUAUUGAAGGAGCUGUCUAUAUGUGUAUGGAAUAUAUGGAUGGUGGUUCACUGGAUAAAAUCUAUAGUCAAGAUCCAGAAAUUGGCGGAAUUGAUGAGCCACAAUUGGCUGUUAUUACCACUGCUGUGAUUAGAGGUCUAAAAGUCUUAAAAGAUGAACAUAAUAUUAUUCAUCGAGAUGUCAAACCGACUAACAUCUUAUGUUCCGCCAAACAAGGUACUAUCAAGUUAUGUGAUUUCGGAGUUUCCGGGAAUUUAGUAGCAUCAAUGGCCAAGACAAAUAUCGGUUGUCAAUCAUAUAUGGCUCCAGAACGUAUCAAGUCAUUCAAUCCUGAUAUGGCUACAUAUACAGUCCAAUCUGAUAUUUGGUCCCUGGGAUUAAGUAUAUUAGAAAUGGCAUUGGGAAGGUAUCCAUAUCCACCGGAAACAUUUGAUAACAUAUUUUCACAAUUAAGUGCUAUCGUUGAUGGUCCACCUCCACAAUUACCUUCCGAUAAGUUUAGUAAAGAAGCUCAAGAUUUUGUUAGUUUAUGUUUACAAAAAAUUCCUGAAAGAAGAUUGAAUUACUCAGCAUUAUUAGAACACCCAUGGUUAGUCAAAUAUAGAGAUGUGGAUGUUGGUAUGAGUGAUUACUUAACAAGUAGGCUGGAGAAAAGGAAGAAAAUACUUGCUGAAAAGGGUGAAGAUAGUUUACGAAAACGUGUCCCAGCACUACAUAUGGGAGGACUUUAA